GAGGCUGAGAUUUUAUUUCCUUUUGUUUUGCUUCCCAGUCGCAGCCUUUGAGUCCUGCUCCAGUCUCCGUGGCCACUUCCGCUGUGGGCCGGCGCCGGUGACCUCGGCCGCCUGGGUGUCCGCGGGCCGGCCCGGUUGCCCGCCCGGCGUGGGGGCACCUGGCCGUUUGAGGCUGGCUGCUGUUGAAGCGAAGUAGUCAACCCGGGAAACAGGCUCAUUUUCCUCAGUAUGUCGCAGAAGGAUCCGUGCCAGAAGCAGGCCUGUGAACUACAGAAAUGCUUACAGGCCAACAACUACCUGGAGUCCAAGUGCCAGGCUGUCCUUCAAGAGCUGCGGAAGUGCUGUGCCCGGUACCCCAAGGGAAGAUCUGUGGUCUGUUCAGGAUUUGAAAAGGAGGAGGAAGAAAACGCAGCGCUGAAGUCCAUGCCAGAGUGAAGCUGGGAGAAGUUAUUCCCUGCUCUCUGUUGCCACCGCUCAAGUUUGAUUUAUCCUCCUUUCUUCAGGCCUGACAGCUGGAGGAACGUGAAAAAAUCAGAGGAAAACAUGUUGUCUGCGCAGAAGCAAAUUAUUAAAAGACGAAUGUGUAAAGUUAAGAAACCUAAGCCGCAAGGAGAAGCCUACUUAGGUGAACAUUUACUUUGCUAUUAAAUGUAUUUUAAGAAGAAGGAAGGCUACAUUUGUCUGUGAUCUGUUCAUUCAACCUGUAUAAUUCCUGCUUCAUUCGAUGUUGGGUUAGUAGAUCUUACCCUGAUGCCUCAUGAGCCUAGCACCUUUUUUUUCUCCCUAACGUGUUUAUUUUUAUUGAAAAG